AUGGAGUCGGGGUUGUCCGUAGGCAAAGUAUGCAUCGUCGAGGCCGCGAAUGGCACUGGGACCCGGCGUGAGGCUAUCGCCUGGCCCUCAACGGAUAGAAAUGUCGCCAAGAAUGUCAUGAUGCUCAGUCGUGCGCUGCAGGAGGCCACUGGGAUCAAGCUGGAAGACCGCGUUCAAGUGACCCCUGGUGGAGAUGUCCCAGUGGCUGAGAAGGUGACUGUGAGAGAUGUCAGUGAAGGCCUUGAGCCGUUGGAAGAUAUUGAGAGGCCGCACUGGGAGUUCUUCCUCAAAGGCCGUUUCGAAAUCUCUGAGCACAUAUUUCCUGGACUAGCGUUCCGUGACCUGUCUGUGUCCGGACCAAAACGAUCUUUCGUCGUUAUAUCCGUCAAUGGUAGAAAUGCCAAUGUGGCCAAGUACAGCCGCUCAACUCUUGUGGAAUUGCGCGACGAAGAUGCCGCAGCCGAGGCGAACAUGGCUCCGGGGAAGCUAGAAGUCCACAAUGUGCCGGGGAUGCAACCACAGCUGGACGAGCUGAACUACUUUUUCAGCUAUUUUGACGUGGACUUUGGCCGUAAUGUGCCACGUUGUUCCUGCGGCAUCGUCAUUGAGGGAAGUCGGGGUACGGGGAAGUCGAUGCUCCUGAAGCGGAUUGGCGCAUCUCGCUGGGGAGACGUCGUGCGCAUCAAGAGCACAGACAAGGCAACGAAGAUACAGGAGUGCUUCACGACAGCACUUAACCAACAACGGCCAACCAUCAUCCUAAUCGACGAUUUCAAACGGGUGACAGCCCAUAACCAAGGGGCUGUGGACGCCAUAGCAGAUGGCCUCGACGACUUGGCCGAACAUGCCGCGAUACGAAACCGGCGGCCCAAUGUCGUCGUAGUGGCAACUUGCUUGGACUUUUUAGAAGACAUACCCCAGUAUCUGCAGACCGAAGACCGUUUCGAUGAGUAUAUUACGCUGCCCAUACCAACCACCACUGAUCGGAAAGAAAUAAUCCGAUCCAUGAAGCCCAAUUUCUCGCCGGAGUACUUCGAGCAGUACAUCUCAGAUGUGGCGGAUCGAACACACGCCUACACGGGCAGGGACCUGAAACGCCUUGUGAUUGGAGCUGGUAAGGCUGCAGAUAAGCGAACGAAAUUUGUGCCAACAAACGAGCCACUGGUGUGGGAGGACAUCAAGACAGCGUUGGCAUCAGUUCGGCCUACAGCUAUGCACGAUAUCAGACUCAAACCCCCUACCGUGAGAUGGAACGACAUUGCUGGCUAUAGCGAUGUCAAGGAUACUUUACUGAAAGUGUUUAAGCAGCCAAAGGCAGGUGAAGAUGUGCUGUGGAAGCCACCGAAGGGCGCUUUGAUGUACGGUCCUCCAGGCUGCUCCAAGACGAUGAUCGCCCAAGCGAUGGCCACGGAAUCAGGGUUCAACUUCUUUGCCGUCAAGGGUGGAGAGUUGCUGAACAUGUACGUCGGCGAAACGGAAAGGGCGAUCCGCAAGCUGUUCCAACGCGCGAGGGACGCCAGUCCCAGUAUCAUAUUCUUCGAUGAGAUCGACUCCAUUGUAGGCUCGCGUUCUGGUUCAGGGGGGAGCGCAACUAGUGGAGGCAUCCAGGCUGUCGGAACACUGUUGACGGAAAUGGACGGCUUCGAAGAGCUCGGCAAGGUGUUCGUUUUAGCAGCUACGAACAAGCCUGACUCCCUCGAUCCUGCCCUAUUACGUCCUGGUCGGUUCGACGAGCUGAUCUACGUGCCCCUUCCCGAAGAAAAGACACGGGAAACCAUUUGGGCCAAUAAGGCGAUAGAGCUGAAGUUCGAAGGGUCCGUUGAUAUUCCUGAAUUGGCAAGGAUGACCGAGGGUUAUUCAGGGGCUGAAAUAGCUCGUAUCUGUGACAGGGCGUUCCGAGACUAUAGGAGCGAUGGAGGCCUUGAUGCUAUGGGUACGUUAGUGACGGCCGUGGCUUCCUUCCCACCGCGGGUUAGCAAGGAUACAGUGCGGCAAUUCGAGGCCUGGAGAGUUAAGUAA